CAGCGGUGGCCUCCGUCCCGCCCCGCGAGAACAGCCAAUGAUGGCGCAGCCGGGCCGGAAGUGCUUCCGGCCGGACGGCGUUUCCACGGACGCUUAGGAGACGCCUGGACGCGGAACCGGCGGCGCCGACAGGCCCACAUGGGCCGCGUCUGCCACGAGCCAGGGGCUUUGCUUUUAAUAUCACCCUCAGUCCCCUCCACGGUAAAGGAAGGAGGCUCCUGUAUGCCCAUUUCACAGCAGAAGAAACCGAGGAUGAAGCAGAGAGUCUGUCAGGACCACUGAGCGACUCUUCCAUUGCCCAGCUGUAAGCCUCGGUCUUCGGAGAUGGCUGAUGAGCAGGGGUGUGCCUCCCCGCUGGAGCUGUUCAACAGCAUCGCUGCCCAGGGGGAGCGCGUGAGAGCCCUCAAAGCCGGGCAGGCGUCCAAGGAUGAACUUGAUUCUGCGGUGAAGAAGCUGUUAUCACUAAAAAUGAGCUACAAAGCGGCCAUGGGGGAGGACUACAAGGCUGACUGCCCUCCAAACAACCCGGCACCUGCGGGGGAUAGUGGCCCAGAUGCCACGGAAGCUGAAGAGGAUUUUGUGGACCCGUGGACGGUACAGACGAGCAGUGCAAAAGGUGUUGACUAUGACAAGCUCAUUGUUCGGUUCGGAAGCAGUAAAAUUGACAAAGAGCUGAUAAACCGAAUAGAGCGAGCCACGGGCCAGAGACCACACCGCUUCCUGCGCAGAGGCAUCUUCUUCUCACACAGGGACAUGAACCAAGUCCUCGAUGCCUAUGAGAACAAGAAGCCGUUUUACCUGUACACGGGCAGGGGCCCCUCUUCCGAAGCCAUGCACGUCGGCCACCUCAUCCCGUUCAUCUUCACAAAGUGGCUGCAGGACGUGUUCAACGUGCCCUUGGUCAUCCAGAUGACGGACGACGAGAAGUACCUGUGGAAGGACCUGACCCUGGACCAGGCCCAUGGCUACGCCGUGGAAAAUGCCAAGGACAUCAUCGCCUGCGGCUUUGACAUCAACAAGACCUUCAUCUUCUCUGACCUCGACUACAUGGGGAUGAGCCCAGGCUUCUACAGGAACGUGGUGAAGAUUCAGAAGCACGUGACCUUCAACCAAGUGAAAGGCAUUUUUGGCUUCACGGACAGUGACUGCAUUGGGAAGAUCAGCUUUCCUGCCAUCCAGGCUGCUCCCUCCUUCAGCAACUCGUUCCCGCAGAUCUUCGGGGACAAGACGGACGUCCAGUGCCUCAUCCCCUGUGCCAUCGACCAGGACCCUUACUUCAGGAUGACGAGAGACGUCGCCCCCAGGAUCGGCUAUCCUAAACCAGCCCUGCUGCACUCGACCUUCUUCCCCGCCCUGCAGGGGGCCCAGACCAAAAUGAGUGCCAGCGACCCCAACUCCUCCAUCUUCCUCACAGACACUGCCAAGCAGAUCAAGACCAAGGUCAACAAGCACGCGUUUUCUGGAGGGAGAGACACCAUCGAGGAGCACAGGCAGUUUGGGGGCAACUGCGACGUGGACGUGUCCUUCAUGUACCUGACCUUCUUCCUGGAGGAUGACGACAAGCUGGAGCAGAUCAGGAAGGAUUACACCAGCGGAGCCAUGCUCACCGGGGAGCUCAAGAAGGAGCUCGUGGAGGUCCUGCAGCCCCUGAUCGCGGAGCACCAGGCCCGGCGCAAGGAGGUCACGGAGGAGAUCGUCAAAGAGUUCAUGACCCCCCGGAAGCUGUCCUACGACUUUCAGUAAUGCCCAUUUAUCUCUGUACAUAAAGAAGCAAAUUUACCCAGAGCCCCAGCCCAAUCGAAUCACUGCUGUACUUAGGCCGUCACAGCUUCCUGGUCCUGGUGUCGGUAACCCUGUGUCUGUCAGUCCUGUUUCUCCCUGGGCCAUCCUUUCCGUCGGGGCCAAACCCUGUGCGCUGCCUGCGCACCGGCGCCAGGGCUGGGCAGAUAGGAGUCCCGCUGGUUCUCUCCCACAAGGCACCCCGGCCCGCCCAGAGCCGCCACAGGCGUGCACUGCCAGCCUGUGCCGCCCCGGGGAGCACUUCCACUGAAAACACCCUUCGGUUCCACAUAGACCCUCCAAGCCGCUGGUAAGGGAGCCUAUAGUCUGCAUGUACAUUUCAGGAGUUUAAUGGGCACAGCCCAUCCCCAAAAACCAAAAAGGAUUGCCAGCUGUGCAUUUAACGGAGAGAUCUCCCAGCUUGAGGCUGCUUUUCAUACUGAAUAUCGCCCGAGGAGGCCACUUUUAUUAGGUGAGUCUGUGGGAGAAACUCCACAUGUGCACUCCAGCCCCACGUGUUCUCUGGCAGUCUCUGCCCCUCUCUGAGCCUCCCCACACCCUCCCAGCAGCUGGCCCCGGGGACAGGCUCUCCACCCUGAGAACCAGCGCUGGGCCCCCUGCCGGCUGCUGAGGGGAGUCUUCGGCCUUUGCAGACACCUUUGUCCUGACACUUGGCUGGCAUGGAGGCCUGCACCCUGCCGGUGCCCUGGGCGUCCUGGGCGGUGGAGAGCACACAGCAGCCCCCAGGCUCCAAGGGAGCCGUUCAGUCUUGUGCCCAGUGUAGUCUGGGAAAGCCCUUGUGGGGGUGCAGGGUCCACUCCUGAAUGCUCUACCCUCUUGUCACUUGUUGGCCUAAAUAAAUCUCUGGUCCCGCCUGU